UCCCACUACAACUGCCCCUCUUUUUCAUUUCUCGAAGUCGACAGCCAAACGAGAGAGAGAAGAGAGAUGGCCUCGAAAACCCUAAUCGACUUCUUCCAACCCGCUGCAAAGCGAUUGAAGUCCUCCCCUUCCUCCGAAACCCUAAUCCCCAAAAUUUCAAUUUCUUGCUGCAAAUCUUCUUCGAGCAGCAUCGGCAUCGACAAUGCUGCAGAUCCGAUUCUCACGGUCGACCAGAAAUCCAGGAUUGAAAUCAACAGAUCCCUCGCGAUCUCAAAGCGGAACCUCAGGAUCUGCACUGAUCGAGUUGAGAAAUCAAAAGCUGAAGGAGUGGAUUAUGUGAGAUUGGAAGAGCUUUUGGUGGAGGAGACAUGGUUGGGGGCACUUCCUGGAGAGCUCCAGAAGCCCUAUGCAAAGAAUUUGUGUAAGUUUGUAGAACGGGAGGUAUGUGGCAGUGUCCCAAUCUAUCCGCCACAGUUUCUGAUAUUCAAUGCUCUUAAUUCAACCCCGUUUGACAGAGUGAAGGCAGUGAUUAUUGGUCAGGACCCUUAUCAUGGGCCUGGUCAGGCCAUGGGCCUUGCUUUCUCGGUUCCAGCAGGAGUCAAGGUUCCUUCAAGUCUAAUAAAUAUCUUCAAGGAGCUUAAGCAGGAUGUGGGCUGUUCAAUUCCAUCCCAUGGAAAUCUGGAACAAUGGGCGGUACAGGGUGUUCUUCUGCUCAAUACCGUACUUACUGUGAGAAAUCAUCAAGCUAAUUCCCAUGCAAAAAAGGGGUGGGAGCUGUUUACGGAUUCUGUUAUCAGAACAAUUUCACAGAAGAAAACUGGAGUCAUAUUUCUCCUAUGGGGCAAUUCUGCCCAAGAGAAGUCAAGAUUGAUUGAUGAGUCAAAGCACCACAUUCUCAAAGCUGCACAUCCUUCCGGUUUAUCGGCAAACAGAGGUUUCUUCGGAUGCAGGCAUUUUUCUAAGACAAACCAUAUCUUGAAGGGAAUGGGAAUUCUGCCAAUAGAUUGGCAACUCUAAUCUUAUCAGGCGCGCUUCGACCUUUUUACUGCAUUUUGGAUCAGAACCCUUCUCGUGAGAGGUCCCUUGGGUAAGGCUCUACUAAGGCAGAUUCAUCAGCUGGUAAUUUGGAAUACCUCAAUUAUUAUGUAAAUGCGGUUAGGUUAUUAUGUAAGUGUACCUAUCAUAGUAAUUACCAUCCAAUGCUGGUUUUGGUUAUUUUCUGUAUCAUUGGCCCAGUGUCGUUUGCUUGCCCUAAUUACAGGAUAGCUAAUGUAGUUGUUUCCCAACCUUGGGUAUGUGGAACCGUUGCUUUCAGUGGCGAAAACGGGAAGAGUUCUGCCAUAACGCAGCAUGCAUCUUGGUUC